CAGUAUUGAGCCAUGCGGAGUGGCGCAUGAGACAUAAUGAAUUAUGUGUACAUGUCAACAUGCAUGAAAGCAUUGUGUAGACACGUAAAACAAAAUAAGCAACAGGGGGAGGGGGACAGGUACCACACCGCACACCCCCACCACACCACAGAAGGGGGAAGGGACAGUACCACACCCGGGAGCACGACAGUACUAUGGCUGACCCACGAUAAUGGCCGGGGGGUUGGAACGCUGGGACCAUAUAUAGGUGUUUGGGGGGUGUUCUCUCUCAUCCGCAGGAAUCAGCCAGCAGACUGGAUUUUCAUCGUCGCACGUCGCUCACUGGAUUGGUUUUUGGAUGCCAUGGCAGAUGUCCAGGACCAUUGCAAUGUGAAGCACAGCUGUCGCAAGGACGGUGAGGGUGGAAAAUGCUUGGAGAAGGAUGAUUUCUUCCGAAGUCCAGAGUACAGUCCCUGGUUCACGCAAGAUUCCAGAUCCCGUUUUACCUUCAUGAGAGUGAGGGGGGCAAAACGAUGGACCUACGACACAGUGAAUCUACAGCCAGUGAUUGUGAGAUCCAAAGGAAUGGCCGAUUGUUUCCGGCUGAUUGGAGGCAGAAAGGAGUGUCUCAGCUUCACAGCCAAAGGCUGGGACAAGGCGAGAUGGCCAUGAUGUCAUGAUGUCUCAGUGGCUGAGCUUGAAAAAUCGGUGAAAA